AUGAAGUUUGUCCAUGUUGUUUUUCUUGUGGUUUACGGUAUCUUGUUGGUGCUUGGACAUUCCGGAACAAGUUACGGAGAAAUGCAAUCGCAAGAAGAAAUCUUGGGUUUGUAAGUAUCGGAAGCAAUUUCGUGAUUUACCUUGUAAUAAGCUGUUGGCCGCAAAGCUAUCGACAGUCACACUAAGUUGAAACUGUUUCAAAAAGAACUCACCUUAGGUAAACCUUUCAUGUUCGUACAAAUUACCAAUCAAAGUUUUACUUUUCUUACAGCUGAAGAUUUUAAUUGAUUACGUUUAAUUUUGUUUCUUGAUUAGUUAAGCCUUUUUUCGUCAACUGACACUUCCUCAAAGACGGCAAAAUGAAAAGAAAAAAAAUUCGGAAUGAUGCAGAAUUUUAUGAGCGCAGUGGUUUCUUAUUUUGGAAAACCUUUUUAAUGCAUCGUUUUCUUUAAACUCAAAGGUUUUCACUGACGAUUCGAUUGAGGCCUUGAGCAUUUGUAUUUCUUUUGUAUUCCAUGCUUUCGUCCAUCUACGGCAUUGUCAGAGAAGGAAAGAAAUUUUCUGGCUCAAGGCCUCAAUUGAAUCGUCUAUUUAAUCAACAUUCGAGUGAGGGACAGCUUCAAACGUUUUUAAAAAGUUUUCGUUCGUGUUAAGCUAAGAAAAUCAUCCAUUUCUCGGCAGGCAAGCCUUGUGUCAAGUGAUAUGAGUGAACAAACACACUUUUAUCGCUUCAGAGAUAAAACAUGUGCAUUAAUCUCGUUAAGGAAAAGUGGGGUCUUUAGGGCAAGUAUUUUAUCUAUAAAUACGAUAUGUAUGAAAGGAAACUGAUCGUUUGACACCUUUAAUUAUUUAAAGCUCUUCCUUUGUGUCUAGUAAACAAGUUUAAAAUGGAUCAGUUGUUUUUUUGUUGGCAGAAAAAAUACUGCAGAGAACUUCUUCUAAUUAGACCUUUCCUGGUCCUUCACGAGAAUAUUGCGGUGUGGUAUGCGAAGGUUUAGGGGAAAUGAAAUAUUCCGUCGGCCAGGAGAUUUUCGUUUCGUUUGAACAAGAAUAUAAUCAGGAUGACAUGAAUUUCAAGUGUUAUUGAUGUAACAGUGGAUAAAUUGCAAACAAACAAUUUCUGGGAAUUGGUAACGCCUAUUUCCUCCACUCCACCCCCUCCUAGAAUUUACCGCAAUGGAGCAGCUUAAGAGAAGGAUAUGAACCACGCAGCCGAGCAUAUUUUAAUAGAACUUCCGAAUAAUAAUAUAUUGCUAAACCACGCAUAAUUCAUGGGUGGCUCCAAGAGAACCCUUAUGCUAUAUCGGUAGCUGCGAAUACCGAUCACAAUUUCAAAGACAUUAUCCAUUUUUAGUACACUGGAACAGCGCAUGAUAAUCUUCUUGAUCACUGAUUUUUCAGUCUAGAUGAACUUGACAGACUUGCUGAAACGACGUCGAAAUCUGAUGAAAGUAAAAGAAAAGGACACUACUGCACUUUCUACGUACCACACAAGAUUCGUGUUCGUCGAGAGUUCAGAAGGAGAACAGUUAAGAGUUUUCAAGUGCCCUGCCAGCUGGGCGAAAUCGUUAAACGAUGCACUCAGUACAGGUAUAAACUUGAAUGAGUUUUCAUAAAAUACAGAACGUACUCGUCUUUAAGAAUUUGCAGAGUGUUAACUUGGUUUCAAGGGUAUUCUUAGCCCCGGGAUGGUGGGGAGGGGGGGACUUCUUAGUCAGAGGCUAAUAGGGAUGUCUCGGUGAAUGGGGCCACAUUCUCACGCCUGGAUUGACCAUAUUAGGGUUCUAUUUUCAAUAGAGUUUCUAGAAUGGGGUCGCACCUUUUCAGGAUUUUGGGGGGUAAGAAAAUUCCGUAGGGAUUGAAAAAUGGGAAGAUUCCGGAUCAAAAGUUGCCACGUUCAUUUAUCCAAAGGUGGCUAAGAUGGGGUUCAUAAUUGGCCAUAGAACAAACUACAAUGUGGUAGGGGUUCUGAGAGGCCAGCGGCUGAGUACUUCUCCCCCCCGGCUAUCAGUCCACUCUUGAAAGAUUUUGCAAAACUACGGCUCAAACUGUAAUGUCAAGUAAGCAGUGCUGUUCAUUCUGUUAGUAAAUCGUGCCAGUCAUAUCCUGGCCCGUUUAAGAAAGAGACGGAACAUGCAAGCAUCGAAAAAAAUAUUCAAGUUUUGUUAUUUUAAUAACGGAAGAUCGGAAGUGAAUACUUAAGAAAUCAUAAAUUCUUCUAAACUGAGGUCAAGUGAAGUCAAACAGCCAAAUUUAACGUGGCUGUAAAAUUAGCUUGGAUUUAAACACGGAAACGUAUGUUGAUGCAGAGAAUUCCCUGAAUCUUACAUGCAGCAAACAUUGAAUGUGCUAGUAAAAAAGCUCUUUUGAUAACGAUUCCUUUACAAGCAGCACACCCGACCUUCCAAGUUAAAUGAAACAAUUCUUCGAUCUAUCAGUCAGCAAGGUUGCUCGAAAAACCACGCGUAAAGUGCAUGAUUUUCCGAUUGCGCGCAAGAGCAUCCAAUUAAGCAUCUGGAUCUGGCGUGUAACUGUCAGCAAUCGCAUUCCUGCCAGACAGACUAAAAUAGAAAGGAACGUUUUUAAAAUGGCCAAGCGUCCGGCUUUGGCAGGAAAGGAAAAAACACGCAACUAAUAUGGAACGAUAGAUGACAGCCGCAACGGAGGAUUAUAAUAAAAAAUUAGUAAAACCAAGUUUUUGUCUGUCAGCGAAGCACGCGACUUUGGCUCGCGACUAAAUAAAAUAUUUCAGGCUCGUAAGUCUUAUUCCCUGAGAGGGCUUAAGAGCUGCUACAACAACAAUGUUAAGGGUUAUUAAAUGAGGUUUUUCAUGGUAUGGAUUCCCUCGUCCAAGAAUAGUCAAAAUCCUAAUUAUUUCAUAUACCACUUUUGACCAAAAUAACCAUUUCCCACGUUAAAUACAAAAUUAAAAAAAAACACUGCACCAAAAGCACGAACAUUGAAUAGCUAAGUAAGUAAGCUCGCUCUCUCUCUUUUUAUUUUUUCUGCUUAAUCCUUCAUGGUCUGGCUCGUGGCACUCAACACAGCAUAUGCGAAUGUUGUAAUUACAGGGUGGUGCGUUUUUAGUCUGUCAAAGCUAAAUUGCAUGUCACCAGUUACAAACAACCACGCAAGCCAAUUUAACUUUUCGGUAAAGCUAACUGAGUACGGUAAAUCAACAGGGUACUCGUACUUGAAUAAGCUUUGCAUUCUUAAGUCUCGAUAAUUCCUUUUUUUUUUAGUUUUUGCUCCUUCUUACAGACUUCUAUGAACAAUCCAAUUUUCUUCGGCUCUUUUUACGAGACAACGGUUGUUUAUUGUGUUUUCUUUGAAAUUUUACGCGGGAAAUUGGCGCGGGCGGGCAAAAUUGAUCUCCAUGGGACUCUCCCUCAGCAGUAUGUUUGUUCUCUUCGAUCGUAGGGUCGUAUUUGAGCCUGCAGUCAAGGACCUUGACAGAACAGUUCUUCGAAGGGUACAGAGAUGCUGUAGUGGAUGGAAAGGCAUCAACUGCAAUCAGCGUACGUUUUUGCUUCUAUUCCUCAGCUGUUUUCUCUUGCCUCGUUGAUCGGAUGGAACUCUGAAGAGGAGCCUCUUUAAAACGUCAUGUCGGAAACUUGUAUAUCCUUAAGCACUCUCGGUCGUUGAGCUGAAAAUUCAUAGGGACUUAACCUAUAACUCCCGAGAUCUGAUCGUUGACUCUCCCCUCUAGCUGCAAGACAUUUUCCUAUAAAUUAGUUACGAGAAUUUGAUGUUUGAUCAAGAUUAAGACUUUUACUUGAUAAGUUUAAUAAUCCUCAAUACAUGCUUGCUGGAUAAUGUAUUGAUUUUAUUGGGAGAAGUUACAUGUUAAUCACUUCUGAGAGUUAAAUGGUUAUCUAGAUGAACUGAUGCUCAAUAUCCUUUUGCAGGAGAUGACUCUUUGACUCAAAAGAGGCAGUUUUCGGAUUUAAAGUCAUCCAGUAAGUUGGGUAGAUCAAAGUCAUUUAGGUCAUAACCAGAAAAAUAGUUUGAAGGCUGUUAUUUCUUAGUUUUGGGAGCACUUGAAAAAAAAGUCCCACCAAACAGUUCGUGACCUGUACCUGGUGUAUUUCAAGACAAAAAUUCUCCAUACUAACCUCAUCAAUAUUGACCUUGACGGAUGAAUCUCUGAGGCUAUUGUUAUUGAUUCACUUAUUUUUAUUUAUUGAAAGCUUCCAUCUCUAAAGAGAUCAAGUGCUGGAAAGUCAAUAUAACUCUCGAAUAUAAUGAUGCCAACAUCACUCGAAACCAGGCCAUCAGUGAGAUGAGAAAGAUAGCCGGCGAGGCGAUAGCUGGGCUUUACACGUGUCAAGACGUGACGGUGGAACUGCGUGACGUUCACAUCAGGCGCAUAAUCAACGUGACAUCCAUAACUGCAGUUUUCUAUCUCCGAUCCAAGCUUUCACCAUCCACUUCUCUUUCAAGCGUCGACAUAGACUGUGUAAAAGAAUCCGGGGUUUUCAGGGAUUUCAAAGUUAUACCUGAGCGCAAGGCACCAAAGUUCAAUGGCCACUCAGCUAAUGCAGUUGACGUGACUUAUGACACGAGUGGAUUGUGCUGCAAGUAUGGUCACGUAGACAACAGUGGCAUUUGUGGUGAGUGAAUUAGCAAGUGUAACCUACUCCUCUAUAUUUAGAUAAACAUAGAGCGCAUCAUUUAACUUUGGCUUUACAUCGUAACACACCAGGCUUCCUUUGACCUUCAAGUAAGGGUCACGCCAAAAUUAUAAAAAAAACCAGAAACAUUCUAUCCUUUAAAAUUUUUAAUUCUUUCGAGAGUAUAAGUGGAAUCUUGAACCGGAGUUAAUCUUAAUUUUCUUGGCAACAAUUGCUACUUCCCAUGGUCAGGUUACCCGUAAUCCGAGAGGAACUUCCUAUACAAAAAAAAAAUGUUAGAAGCGUUUGCAACAAACUUAUACUUUUUAAAGCAUGCGAGAGAUAGACAGCCCUUAAACGCGCUGUAUGUGAUUUAUUAAGAGUCAUAAAUUCAUGUCCCAUAUUUUUACUUGUGUGUAUAGUUCCGUGUGCCGCUGGUUCUUAUCAUGACCUACAUGCUGGAGAGUGUACAGGCUGUAGUGGGAAUACUUAUCAACCUCACAGCGGUCAGACAUUGUGUCUAGUUUGUCCUAACGGUUCAAUAGCUGAUGGAGCGAAUGCCACCAAAUGUACUAGUGAGUACCUCACAUUAAGUACUAUUUAUAAAAGGUACCCUAUCUCCUAAUGCUGCACUGGGAUCUGAAAGAAAAAGUUUGUUGUCAAUUUAUGCCGGAUUAUUAUGCAUCUUAUCUUCUUGUUUGCCAUGAUAACAGCUACAGCUUUUGUGAUCAAUGUCAGUAUCUAGACAACUGUGCACCUACCCCUCCCCUAACUCAACAUUAACCCUGACUUGUUAUCAGUUGACUGUUUAAGCGUUAGGGGAGGGGUAGGUGUUUCAACUUAAGGGUUAUAUGAGGGUCCCUUUUCUUUCAACUUGAAGAUGUUCUUUUUUUCCUCCCACAGAGACCUGUUCACCAUCUUGUCUCAACAACGGCCUGUGUUCAGAUGGUUUUUGUUUCUGUCCUGCUGGUUACACCGGAAGGGCCUGUGAACGAGGUAAGUGGCUGAAUAAGCCCUGGACCUUCAAAUCUGAAUGAACAGUUUUUCGCUGCACCUGGUCUACUCUUUAAAAGAGUGCUCUUUCUUAUCGAAAAACGAAGUCUUUUGGAAAAUGUCCUUAAAGACUAAUAUCGGGUGGAGACUAAAUAGGCAGACUAAAAUGGAGUUUCAGGAAAACUUCGGCCUAUAAGUGGUUAAUCCAUGUCCUAAUGCUGUAGUAUUCCAGGCUUUUUAAAGCACAGACAUUUCGCUUACGUCCAGAUGAUUGCAAAUGAAGAGUAAAUGUUCGUGUUAAGAUAUAACUAACAGACAGAUAAUAAUGAAAAAUUUGAUCAAUUUUCUGUUUUAGCUGUUUGUGUUCCAACUUGUCUGAACGGUAGUUUCUGUUCAAAACCUAACCAAUGCAUGUGUUUAAGCGGGUGGAAUGGACCGAGAUGCAGCAAAGGUAAGAAGUGACGGUUUGUUUUCUUUCUUCUUUAACAAUGUUUUGUCAUUAAAAAUGCUGAGUUUUUCUUACAAAUUUCUCGUGAUCUGCACGUGAAUUUGAUUAUAUAAAGUCGUUUUUUCUUUGAAUUUGAGCCAAAGUUGAUUUUUUUUCAAUUGCAAUUAUUUUGUUUUCUUUUGCAAUGAUGUUUUCUAGUUUUAGAUGUUAGACAAUUAUCAUUCGUAUGGUUCUUUAAUAUGCGCACACGAAAACGUCAGAGGAAAAAAACUGCGCCAGUCAAGUGAUAGGUGUAUAAAUUAAAUAAAUUUUUAUACUUUUGUUAAAUGGAUUACUUAAAUUGAUCUUGUAGCACUGUGCUCCAGCCCGUGCGAAAACGGUGGCAUUUGCGUGGCACCUGACACCUGCAACUGUCGGCCUGGUUACUCAGGGCCCACGUGCAAAACAGGUUGGUUAUGGAAAGAAAGGAAGGAUGGAAAAUCCAUUCAUUUUUUUUCAUGAAUCAUUUUCAAAUCUUAUACAGAAUCAUGUGAUAUGCUAAGAUUAAGAGAGAAGUGAACUAAGUAAGCAAUUGUCCAUAUAUAACAAACUAGCUUCUCUCUCUCUUCAGAUUUCUGUGAUCCGACAUGUAGCAACGGCGGAACCUGUUUGAAUGGAAACUGUUUUUGCGCACCUGGUUGGAGCGGAGACCGCUGUCAAACAGGUUUGUGAUAGCACGCACUUUACAGAGGAGGAAACUUCUUCCACUACACUCUAAAGUGAAUCAAGAUAGAAUAUUACUAAUUUUUUCUUUUUUCUUCAUUUUUAUGUUAGCUACCUUCCAAUCGUUCCUCCCCGCUCGAUCAAACUGAGAUUCAACCCAAAUUCCUUCAAAUAAUGAUUAUAAUUGUCAUUAUACAUAGAUUUGUAAGAAGAAAGUUCAAAAAUAGAAUUUCGGAUUUAACUCCUUCUUUUCCGGAUAAUUCCUUCUUAUCAAGGCAAAAACUAACGAAGUUCUCACUUCAUUCCCGUAAGCUCUGUGUAUUGCUGGAUGUGCUAACCAUGGCACCUGUAUCGCGCCUGAAAAGUGCGCAUGUGCUCCUGGUUUUACAGGCUCUCAGUGUCAAUUAGGUAAGUUAAGAUAGAAUGCAAAGUUUUUGCAUGAUUGCAAUACAAAACAAAUUUUCAGAAUCUUGGGCUUGGUUUGACCAUUUACCAAUUUUAUGAGGGACAUACAGGUAUCUUACAUGCUACUAUCAUAGGCAAGUUAUGUCUUGUGUGGAGAUAUAUUAUAAAUAUCACGAAACAAUAAGUUAAGGUGUCAGAUGUUUUUUCAGAAUCGUGGGGUUCCUAUCAAAAAUUUUGACCGUUUCUAACUUUAUUGGUUUUCUGAUUUCAAAUUUGACUUCCAGGAAUAUCGUUCUGCUCUGGUUUGCCUGAUGGAGAUUACAAAGAUCCUACCAACUGUUAUGGAUAUAUAUCAUGUUCUGAUGGCCUCACCAAUUACAAAGAUUGUCCCACUGGCCUCAGGUACAACUACACUAUAAAUCAGUGUGAUUGGCCAGCAAAUGUACCAUGUGAUCAAGGUAUGCACUUCACGGUAAAAUUGAUUUGCUCCCAGCUUUUAAAGUUUGAUGAAUUCAUGUACAUCGCUUUUGAAAAUAAAUGGGUGGUUCCUCGCAAUCAUGCAAUCAUUAUCAACGGUAAUUUUCGCUCCAAGCGUGGGGGCUUCUAAGAACCUGAAACCUAGUAUCUAAUUCAAGUUCUCCAUACAUGAUUUGCCUGCUUACGAAUUAAGAAUCGUUCGUGAUCAACGAGACCAUAUAAAAUAAACAUAUACUUGUAAAGCGCAGAAGGUUGAAUAAAGGAAUUUUACCAAGAAUAAAACAUUUAAACUAAUUAAGUGGCAAUGAUGGCACUAAGGGAAAGAGAACUUUUAACUGGCUUUUCCUGCGAUAUGUACGCUUUUCCAUACAUUCAAAAGUUUAGAGUAGUAAAACUCCUUGUAAAAGAUGGGAAAAAAGCGCGAAUAAAAAAAAAGUUCCAUUAAGGGAUCUGAAUCCUCUCACUUCUCCAAUGCAAUGCUCUGUCAGUUGAGUUGUUGUGAAGCUCUCCAUUGUAAGAUAAGCCCUAUCGAUCUCUAUAGCAGAACUUCUUUAUUUACGCGCAUGCCAGCAAAUCUUUGAUAACAGGUGCUGCUUCGCUUUAAGUGUUGAAGUAUAAAAUUUGAUUCAAUUUUCCAGAUGUCAUAGACGUCAAAGGACAAACGAUUCUGUCAGACGCUCGUAAGUAUCCAAUCCACCAAGAGGAGACUCGAGGAGGGAGUUCCUUGGAAGAGGGGAACUCUCAAUAAAAUAGUAUAUUGGGCGUUGUCACCACCAAAGAUCUUUUUAAGGUUUUUUCAUCUGAAUCACAAAUUUUAUGUUGCGAAUGAAAAACCGCUUUUCAGAAUACAGAAAUGUUUCAGCCAAAUGAAAAAAAGCUAGAUUAUGGUUAGAGAGAGGGAACAAUAAAAUGAAUCAGUUUAGUUUUUUCAAAAUGUAUUGUUUCUGAUGUUAUUCCAGCGUUGUUCAAUGAUGAGCUUUCACUCACAUUUUUCAUUUCUUCCCUACCAGUUCCCUCCGGUGCCAUGAACGAGCCAGACCUUUGCUUCUCUUGGCGAUCACACAUCAAGACUUUUGACGGCCGCUACAUUUAUUUUCCGGGUCGCUGUACAUACAAACUGAUUCAUGAUUGUGCGGAUAAUCUUUUCUCCGUUCACGUUUUUGGCGACCCUCUGUGUAAGAAUCUCACACGCUGUCGCCGCUCGGUCAAUUUGUACCUGGGAGGAGUGGACAUCAAGGUGAGUUUAGUCUUAAAUUUUACAGGGUCGCUCUGGGGGAAAACUUACCUUAGCCAUCAUCUCUAUCAAUGUAAUGGUUAGUUUAGAAAGUGGUGUAAGUAGACCAGUAAUGAGAAAAAUUCCGUCAGAUUUAUUUAGGAGAACGUGACCAAGUUACAGUGGCAGACAAGAACGUUUCCCUUCCUCACAUCGUGAACAAUGUUGUCAUCGAAAAAGUGUCCAACUAUGUUCUUACGUACGGUUACAAUGGGAUAACGGUAUUAUGGGAUGGUAUCGAUGCGGUUUACGUGCAUGUCUCAGCCAAUCACAAGAAUAAGACUUGUGGGUUAUGCGGCAACUACAAUGGCUUACCAGAUGAUGACAUCAGGACGUCAGGACGUCAACAAGUUUCAUCUAUCGCCAAAUUUGGAAAUAGUUGGCGCAUGACUGAUGUUUUUGACAUGUGUCCCAACGUACGAGAAGAAGAAACCAAGAGUCCUUGCAGUAUGGUCACGCAAGGUAACGUGACGAAGGUGAGUGUGUGGCAAAAAUUCAAGCCCAGACCUUAUUUCCUAAUUAUUCCGGAUGUCAGUCAUGAAAAACGAAGUUUAGCGUAAGUCUGGUUGAACAGGGAAAAUAAUAAUUCUGAACCACUGUUUUAAGGCCCACUGUGCGACAGGCACUUCAGGAAGGAUGUUUUGAAAUUAAGAGAAAAGUCCGAUUUCGAAAGAAGGAUUUUUUUUUCUUGUUUGCUUUAUCUUACUGCUGUAGUAUACCAAUAAGCCUCGACUUUAUGUGACUACACUUGGUGACUUCAUCUGUGAUCUAUGAAAGAACGGACGCAAAGCGAUAUAGAAUCUAUUUUUUUAAUUGCUAUUUAAUGAGCUGAAGUACGGUGUUGAUCUAAGCGCUAAGAGGAACCACAAAAUAAUCCCUCCAAGUCCGCUCCUUCGAUGUUGUAAUUUCAUUAAUUCUUGUCCCUAGAUAAAAGGUAUUUGUUCCUUUCUACGGAAUGCGACGUUCUUUCCUUGUCACGGGGUUCUUGAUCCUUCGCCAUUCAUCGAAAUGUGUGAGGAAGAACUUUGCAAGUGCAAUUUGACUGACCGGCUUGACUGCGCAUGCUCAGCUUUCACGCAGUACUCCAGAGCAUGCGCGCGGAAUAAGGCGGCCGUACAAUGGAGAACAAAUGAUCUAUGCCGUAAGUUUAACUUGGUAUCUUUUGUUAAUUUUCAAAAAAGCUUUGUUGUGCAAUAUGAAAACUUUGAAUAGUAGAAGUACUGAAAAGAAGUUCAAAUUUUAAAGAUGAUUUUUGUCGCAGUUCUCCUACGGAAAUAAAUUUUAGGCUAAGGCGGUCAUCUCAAACUUUGUAAGGGCUUACAAUAGGGCUUUACCCGAUGGCAAAGGAACAGCACGUACCUCUUAGUUGGGAAACGAACUAUACGAUAUGAUAGAAAUUUUUUUCCUAAGCAAGAAAAAUAAAUGAAAAAGUCAUGUUCUUUGAUACUGCCACUGUCUGUGAAAAAUGACUAUGAACGUGUUCCUGGUAUGAUUUGCUCGAGAAGGGUAAACUGGCCCACUUGACAGGCGCUGAUACAUUGAGGCGGGAGCGAUGGUAAAUGUAACUUGUUGAUGGUGGCAAAGGCAGAGGCUUGCGAGCUGCGAAGGAGCUUCUUUCACUACACUUCUGCGCGGCUUCUCGCUCCAUCUGUCUGUGUCGUAAUGCACACGCGUCCCUACUACAUAAACUGAGCAGAGAUUGAUUUAAUUUUGUAUUUGGAAUUCGUAGCUAUUACCUGUCCAAAAACUCAGCAGUUCACCGAAUGUGCAUCCUCCUGUCCUCCGACGUGUCAAAUCAAAAACGGAAAUUACAUUUGUCCACAGAGAUGUCUUGAUGUCUGUCAAUGUCGUAACGGGACGGUGUAUGAUGGUCAGCGAUGUGUCACUAUACAGCAAUGCCCCUGUCUUCACAAUAAGAAGCAUUACCCACCAAACUCUGUCAUUAAGCGCGACUGCAACAACUGGUAAGUAAUGCGAUUUGAAGCCCCUUAGAUAACCGUAGAACGUGAAAAUGUCGAGUAAAAUUUUGCCGUGUGAAUCAUUGACCUGCCAAAUUAAAGAAAGAGUACGAUUGAAAUAAGAGGGUUUCUAUUUUAAGGAAACUUAUUUCAUGUGAAAGGGUCACAACUUGCCGAACAACUUGGUAUGCAAGCUCCUUUAAGAAGCCUUUACCGACAGCUCAUGACAUGAUGAAAAGAGAUUUUUUUCGACAAUUUUGCAACCUCCUGUUCAAAUUCCAACUUCCAACGAUACUUAUAAUUAGAGAUGUAGGAUCACUCGUUAAGCAUUUUUUUUGAAAAUUGCGUGAAAAUUAAAAAAUUAUUCCAAGCUUAGUGAUUUGAUUUUUUUUUAACCUGAAGCACAUGCGCUAAUGGCCUAUGGCUGUGCACGAAACUCCACUGUCAAGGUAAGAAUGUUUCGCUUUGAUUUUAAGAAUGUAAUUUGGAAUGAAUGAACACGAGAAAAAUUUUCAGACUUACAACUAUACUGCACGAGCCCAGGUUCAGACUUCGACGAAGGUUGACCCCAUGUAAGAUUAAUUAUUCAACGCGUUGAAGUUUUUGAUAUGUAUUCUCUUGUUGCUUAUAGAAGUGUCCUGAACAGAUUCGCUAGUAAUUAGUUUUUGGGGCUCGGUUUGUAUUUUCAAAAGACGUUACAAUAGUGAAAAAAUUUCUAAGAUCGUCCUGAAUGUUGUUCGUGUAGGAGUUUGUUCUGCAACUGGCGAUCCACACUACAGGACAUUUGAUGGGCUGGAGUUUUCCUUUAUGGGUAUAUGUCAGUACAUUUUGGCCAAGGACUGUGUCAACAAUUCAUUCACUGUUCUGGUGGACAACGUGGCGUGCGGGUCCGUUGGUUCAGUGUCCUGCACCAGGAACGUAUAUGUGCUUCUCAAUGGGACAACUAUCACACUCAGGGGAGGAGGGACAGUUCUCAUUAACGGAAACAGAUUGGCAAAUUUCCCUAUGGCAACAGGGAGUGAGUAGAAGUCAUCGGAUCAACGUCAGUAUCUGAGCAACUGCGCAGCUACCCCUCCAUUAACCCAACACCAGUCAACUGAUAACAAGUUAGGGAUAAUGUUGUUGGCUUAGGGGAGGGGUGGGUGCACAGUUGCUCAAAUACUGACAUUGAUUCCCUGAUACAAAACCUUAAAUUACAGUAUGGAAAGGGGUGAUUAUAUGUAGAGCUUUGUGAAAUUCUGUUUAACUGUUAACACUAUGUGGAAGAAAAACGCUGUAUGAUAGAAAGGCAAGAAGCUUUUGAUGGUAUAGAUUUCUUACUGCUUGCUAAAUUAGCCGGGUUCUUAAUUAAAUUCGUAAGCAAUUAAAUAACGCCAUUAUCUCUCUUAGUUUAGAUUUUUCAAUGCAGCCCGAAUGGAGUAGUGACGGUGAACAAUUUAUGCAAGAAUACGUUGUAAAAAAAGAUAUUUUUAAAUCGAAGUGCAAUACGUAAAGUUGUAAUUAAUAGUUGACGAUAACAGCAUUUUUCACUGUGGUAGCUUUUAAAUUCAUUAGAAAUAACUGUAAGUAUGCUAUGUUCGUAGGUUACAUCAUUAAACAAUUGUCGUCAUCAAUGACGUCAGUUCAUAGUCCCAUUGGCCUCGAUGUCAAGUGGGACGGUAUCUCGCGCAUUUAUGUGACAGUACAGCCUCAGUUUCGUGAUAUGACUUGCGGUUUGUGCGGAACUUUUAAUGGCAAACAGAAAGACGAACUCACCACCAAAGAAAGCGUUAUCGAAACAAGCGUGACAGCCUUCGGAAACUCGUGGAAGGUGAGCUCAGCUUGUAAUGACACGCAGCCGUUAAGGCAUCCUUGUGAAGUACAGAUACAGAGAAAGGCUACCGCGGGAAAAUUGUGCAACAGAUUACUGCAGUCUCCAUUUAGCAGCUGCCAUCACACAGUGGACCCAUCUAGCGGUUACAUCGCUAGCUGCAUGUACGACGUCUGUGGAUGUCAACAGGGAACCCAAUGCCUUUGUAGUGCUAUCGCUACUUAUGUCCACGACUGUGCAAGACAUGGGGUCGUGAUUGAAUGGAUAAACUCUAAAGUUAUGCCGGAAUGUGGUAAGUAUUUAGUUAACUUACGUAGACUCUUCCCCUUUUACUUUCUGAUCUGCUAAAAUCUAAGGAACCUCCCUUUGUUCAGAUCUGAGAAAAAAACUAUAUAAUAAUUGUCUUAGUUAUUUGUAGUCUCUUUAAAACAGCGAACGGUUUUAAAUGUAGUUAUUACACAAAUUAGUCAAGUUGGCCCAAUGCAUCUCCAUCCCUUCAGUUGGCCAGGUUUCCUUGACAUUUUGUUAGUGUCCUUUCACUAAUUACUUGGAAGGGCACUGAUUUUGAAUCAAUAUCAGUUUCUGGGCAACUGCCCACCUACCCCUCCUCUAACUCAACAACAGUUAAUUGAUAACAAGUUGGGGUUAAUGUCGGGUUAGGGGAGGGGUAGGUGGGCAGUUGCCCAGAUACUGAUAUUAAUCCCUGAUUUUUAAGGAGAGUAUUGCCUAAGAAUACAACACUAUUACUCCAGGCGGGCUUGGGUUUUCCUUCACAAACUCAUUCAUGUCAUUUAUAUCAUUGGUUUGAUCUAUUUUCCCUAUCACUCGCCAGCCAGACAUAAUGUCCGUCAAUUUGGAAUGCACGAAUGUAGUAAAAGCUGACCAUAAUUGAAGACGUCCACUAGAUAUUCCAUUUGAUCGCCUAUAAAAGAUCUGUAUUUUACACGCCUUUCGUUUUUAGACGCAGUUUGCUCCAUUCCCGGCCAAGUGCACCAGGUCUGUGGCUCUUCAUGUCAGCGGACGUGUCGUGAAAUCUCCAUGGACCUCCCUUGUGAAGAGGAAUGUGUUGAGGGGUGUAACUGUCCAAGGGGCAUGGCACUCACAGAGGAUAAUCAAUGUGUUCCCCAUUCACAAUGUCCCUGUUCUCUCGAUGGAAAUUAUUAUAAACCUGGAACUGUGAUACGACCCUCCCACUGCAAAGAAUGGUAAGGUUUUUUACCUUUCUAAAAUAUUUCGAUUUUCAAGGUGAACAAGGCUCACAUAAUGAAUCUUUUCGGAGAAGAUAACUACGGGGAAUUUUGCGAAAUGGGCUCCGUAUGUUGUGAAUUUCAACGGUUUAAUGUCCAACCCAAUUUUCCAAUUUCAACGGUUUAAUGUCCAACCCAUUUUCCAAUUUCAGUUUAAUAUAUUUGGUUACCUUAAGUUUAAUUUUCUUCAAUUAAGACAGUCUACCAAACAUUCAACGUUUUAUGCAAUUUACAAACAUCUCAAGAGUCUUCAAGAACACUUAGGGAGCGAGUCGCUUUCUUCAAAUGAAAAUCGAGUAAACAUUUUCAAUGCGGUAUACAUAUGCAAUAACACUUUUUUAGACAAACAGCCGAGCUGUAAGUAUUCUGAACAUAUCAAAUACUAUUAAAAGGAUAAUAUAAACUCUCAGCUUCUUAUGAAAGAACCGGUGUGGCACUCAGCGCGUCAGGUGAUUGGUCAAUCCUUGUGUUCUUUUAGUCUUGAAAAACUUUCUGAGCAAAGUCACUCUUGGUGCUGAUAAAAAAUAUUGUAUGACUGGUGCAGCGCAAAAAAAAACCAAAACAUUGAAGCUUGCGAGAGGCCUAUGAAAUGAUCCUUCUUACUGCGUGAUAAUCUGUCCUUUCUAGAGUCUUAAUGACUCUCUUUUUCCCCAGCGUUUGUGAGAGCGGACGAUUUAACUGUACCAAAACAUCAUGCAAAGGUAAGAUCGUUUUUCUUUCUUAUAAUUCAGAUCACAGAGACGUAGCAUGGAUAUUUUAAGAGUGGUCAUGUUUAAAUUUUGCGCGCCUUAUAUGAAAAUCCAAUGCCGCUGCUCUCCCUCUCGUAUUCGUGCGGCGGGAAGGAGUUGCUGAUGGAGUAUAAUCCAGGAGGUCCUCCUCCUCAAGGCUAUGGCCCAGUAUUAUUUACAAUAACAACGACAGCAACGGAAAGAAAAAAAAGGCAACGGUCGAAUAAAGUGCUGUACGUUUUCGCUUUCAGGAGGAUCUAGCUAGAUAUCUUUUGUUUUUAAAAGCGUUAUUUUGCAUACGUUAUAGAUAAAUUUAGCUUUGAUUAGGUUUUUAUUGUGUUUACAAAUGAAUGUAUAAAUCGAUCAAACUGUUUGAAAGCCAUCUUAACCUAUAUUUGGAUGAAAUUUCAACGUAUAUUUUGCUCACGAGGAUUUUUCAUAUUCGAACAUAACAGGAUUUCCCACAUGGUCUAGCGGUUAGGAUUCCUGGCUUUCACCCAGGCGGCCCGGGUUCGACUCCCGGUGUGGGAACUUUCUUCGAUCUUUACCUUUUCAUACACUUUAAUAAAUAUUUUCCAGUUUGUUUCGCAGAAAUGUAACUACUCUAGUUAUAUUUCAUUAAAAGAAUUUGCGAAAAAAAACAAUUUGAGAUAUCUUUAAGAUGUUGAAAUUGUUUUCAAUUACAAGCAAAUCAAAACUAAUAUUUUGAAAAUUCGUUUUCUACAUCUGUUAAAUCAACAGCGCUUUAUUUUAUUCCACUUUUAGUUUUUCUAAAAGUUCAUCAAGUUUAGACAGGAAAGAAGCUCCUGGACAGGAUAAUUAGCGAGAUUAAAAAAAAGACGGUGGAUUUUGCGCGCGCUCUUUUUUCCAGACAAGUGUAAAGAUCAUCCAUCAGUCACGGGCGUAGGCUACGCUAGCAGGGAGGGUAGGGGGGGGGGGACUUCUUGGAGAGCGUUGCAGACCGCCAAUCCUACGUGCUUCUAUAUUUCUGAGCUACCGUGAACGCCAAUUUCUAUAGAGUUAGGCUACAUACUCCCAGGGUUAGCUGUGGAAUAAACUUCCGGAUAUGGUAUCUUUUUCGCUCUUUCGUUCUUUAGAGCUAGAGUAAAUGUAACUUAGUUUUUUUUCUCAGCUUGUCCCUCUGGACAAAAGUGGGUAAGCUGUGGUGCAAAAUGCGCAAGGACCUGUGAAAAUUUUCAUAUGCCAUGUUUGGAGACCAAGUGCCAGGAAGGUUGUGUCUGCCCGGAGGGCACAGUACUACAUGGUCAACGGUGUAUCAACUCUUCCCAGUGCUUCUGUCAUCGCGGCGGUCACAGUUACAGGCUAGGACAAGAGAUUAAAGAGGAUUGCAAUACUUGGUAUGUUAUAAAGGUAACACAAACCACUCACAACACCAAAGUUGUCUGUGGGUUACAUUGAAUGGCUACAGCUAAAACAGACCGGAUGAUUGGAGCACUGAACUGCGAAGAUGCUACAAUCUACUGGCCUGGUAUACGAGGAGUAUCACGUAUUUCGUUAGAAACAGAAACGUAAAUACAACCGCGUAUAGGCGCAAUAACGAAUAGGAAAGAACAAUAACCUCGAACCGUGAACGCAAUUGUACAAUGUGCGUGGGUUCCACAACACAUGACAGAAGAGGACACUGUGCUCAACAAUCAUGAGACAAUAGACCUCUUUAGCUUAUCCAUUUAAGGCCCUUCGAUAAUUGACGUGCAUAUGUACGCAAAAUUUACAUUCUCUUGAGACCUGAGAGGUGUAAAACAAAAAAAAAAAAACAAGCUGAAGAAGUCUAUCUGAUUAAAAUCAAUAAAUAUGGUGUUACGAUCUUGUGAAGAAAAAUUGCAGCCAAUCGCAUAGAAGGGACUCUUAAUCAGAAGCUCUCAAGCCUAAUUCUACCUGUCUUAGACAAAGUUUUGAAAAAGGCUUUACACAUGUUUGGGGGUAAUAUCACAACUAGGAGUGACUGAGUAUCAUGCUGCUGUCUAGACAGGAAGCUGAAUGUAGAUAAUCAAGUUGAAGAAAGUGUUAUUUUGGAACUUGGCAACAAAUAGCCACCAAAAAUUACUUCUGUCUCACUUAAAGCUAAGAAAAAGUAGUUUAUUCAUGUGAAUUUACGUAUCUCUGAGUUCUCAGAUAGAUGUUAUUUGUUUUAUUUUAGUUCUUGCAAAGGUACUAAAUGGUCAUGUACUGACCACGUUUGCCCUGGAACAUGCUCCGUUUACGGUGAACUGAAUUACAUCACCUUCGACGACAGGAGGUACACUUUCAGUGGGGCCUGUGAUUAUGUCCUUGCUCAGGACUCUUGUAAUGACGCCUCUUCACGUACUUUCCAAAUCCAGGCCCAGAAUGUCCCUUGCGGGAACAGUGGCGUCACGUGCACAAAGCAAGUGACUAUCACGCUCAACAACACGGUGGUCACUCUUGAGAGGGAUCAGCAUCCCGUGAUAUCCUCGAGGCCGGGUGCUGCAGCCUUGAGCAUGAUUGAAGAGUUUCAAAUCAGAGAGCAUCACUUCUUUACCGUGUUAGAGACUGGCUUUGGUUUAACAAUCACGUGGGACAGAGGAACAAGGCUAUAUAUCACUUUGGAUCCCAAAUUUACAGGUGAGUGGAAAUUUUAUUGGUGUUUGCUAUGGCAUGAGAGAAUCAAACUCAUCAUUAUUUGGCGAGGUAGUCCUGAGUUAAAAUCUAGGCGCUCUUAUUGGUUCUUCCUGGGUCUGAAUUUUGCCAUACAGACGGUUUCCACGUAAAAGGUCUUGAGCCGCGUGUUUUUGUUCGCGAAAGCCGGUUGAUUCAAAAUAAACAAGUUUGGUCCAAGUGCCAUAUGAUAAAUAACUUACCUGAGAUAAGUAAAUUCCCUAUUCCAGGUAAGACGAUCACCAAGACCUGUCUCAGUACAACUCUGACAAUGAGUUACAUUCAAGUUUAAAGAAUAUUCCUACCGGUAUUUUAGGACGACAAAACGUUGUAGCCUUGCCUCAUUGGCGUUUGCAGAUUUGAAUAUCAAAAGUCAAUUAUCCGUCGUUUGCAUUACGUGACAUGUUCAUGGCACAUCUUUGUUUUUCAGGGCGAGUGUGUGGGCUAUGCGGCAAUUUUAACGGUGACAGAAAUGACGAUUUCAUGACACCACAAAUGUUGCCAGAGACCUUAGCGAAUGACUUUGGCGACAGCUGGAGGGUCGAGUCAUCAUGCCCGGAUGCAGUCAUACCCAGGAAUCCCUGCGUGAUAAAUAAGCAUCGUGCACCAUGGGCUCACAAGAUGUGCAGCAUCAUCAGAUCAGAUGUGUUCAAGCCUUGUCAUGAAGUCGUAAGUCCUGGGCCUAUUGUAACACAAAAUAAGUUGAUAAGGUUAUUUCGAACAGGAGACCAGUUUUUAUUUAUCACCUGAGGAGAUGGGGAGGGGAGGGGAGGGGAGGGGAGGGGGGGGGAGGGGGAGGGAGAGGGGGUGGGGUCGGUAUUGGAGGAUUUAAGGGGGUCACAUAGUUUUCAGGGGGAACAGAGGGAUCAGUCGUCGCCAACAGAGCAUAAAGGGGAAUCAGAGCAAAUUCACUGCCGAUUAACUGCCAAUGAGGCGGGGCGGGGGAGAUCAUAAGAACAUUAAAGAGUCUUGUGGGGGAUGGGAUAAAAUUUAUCGUAUCCUCCAAACCCCCCCCUCCCCCCUCCCCCAACGGCAGUAACUAAUCAUUGGUUUAUGGCAGAUGUCGUGUCACACUCUACUUGAUUUAAAAAUUGCAUUGACGAAAAAUUUUGAACGUGGGUCAUUUUUAAUCCAACGUGUUCCAUACUUUAUCAAAGAAAAGCUGAGCUUUCCCCGAGUUUUGUCCUACAUUUAACUCUCAGGUAAACCCUGAUCCUUGGUACGAUGCAUGCUACCGCGAUGCUUGUGCUUGUGAUAGCGGUGGUGACUGUGAGUGCUUGUGUACAGCAAUCGCCUCCUAUGGCCAUGAGUGCUGCAAACAUAGUGUGCCAAUCAAAUGGAGAACGCAAGAAUUGUGUCGUAAGUAUCGUAGGGAUGUUAAACGAGUUGAAUUUUUAUCUUGCAUACAAACGAAAUUCGAAACAGUCAAAAACUGUAAUACAUCCGAGAAAAAUAACUUCAUAGAAGCAGUCUGUAACCUUGGAAACCAACGGAAGGGUAAAGUCUUUAAAAAUCAUCGACACGGCUGUUGCAUCUUAAAAACUUGAGCCUGAACGUUUCACAAUUUUCUUUACAAAUACAGGUUACCCUUUCUCUCUCGUAACCUUCCUCUUUCCUCCACGGUUAUUUCUCUAUGUUAAAUUCCUUUUUCUACCGUAAGAAUUACUUGUUUCAUUCUAUGAUUUUACGUUGGCUCAAAUACCCGUAUUACAGCAGUUCUGUAAGUAUCAAUUAAAUUUGAACUACAUAAUAUAUUUAGGCCUGUGGGUGGGACUGUUCUCGCCAAUGAUUAUUAUCCUUUUUUCCAAACACAGCUAUCCAAUGUCCUAGCGAGGACGGUCAUUGCUUUGAGUACACGCCCUGUGCUGCAGGUUGUCCCAGGACAUGUGAAAACCAGUGUGAAGCCAAUCCUGCCCGUUGUCCCGUAACAUUUGAAGGAUGCUCUUGCCCAAAUGGAACAGUGCUGCAUGAUGGGAAGUGCAUUUCUCCCAAAAGCUGUCCGUGUAGUUUGGAUGAGAUUGACCAUGAACCUGGAUCAAUUGUGGUGAUAAACUGUCAACGAUGGUAAGACAGUUGAGGAGGGAUCCUCCAAAGAAUCAUAGAGUUUUUUAUGAUUUAUUUGCCAAAUGUGAAACAAGAGCUAAACUAGAAAGUAAAAAGGCGUUUCGCUCCAUACACCUCUUAUUACCCUUACCCUAGCGACUUAACUCAAGAGAUUGCACGCAAUGCUCAAGAAAAGAACUCAGUGCACUCCAGCUGCCACUAUUGAUUUAAUAAUUCUUUAUAUUAUCUUCUUUUUAGUACGUGUGAGGCUGGAUGUUUUUCAUGUACUGGUCCUUCUUGCAGAUCAUCAGGUACGAAAAGCCAUUAUCUUUAAACCUAAGUAAGGCACCAGCACGCGCGCCUACUUAGCCCAAAAGUAUUUCUUUCCCAAACUAGAGAAAAGCUUUUAACUGCUGUGAAAAUGAUUUUAACUAUUUAUUCGUUCUAACAGCAACACAAACUACAUGGACAUCACAUUCCCAACAAGCAGCAGCCCACGUAACAUUGCCAAGCUCCGUAAUAGCAGCUCCACGUGAAAUAGCAACCAGUGGUUCCCUUAUGGUGACGCCAUUAUACUCAACAGCAAGAGAAAUUUUUCAAACAGCAAUUUUUCCAACAAUAUCAUCACGCAUAACAGUAACCACAAGUUCUCGAUUAGCCGUACAGCACGAAAUAGUCACAGUGUUCUCACUAAUAAAAGCAUCACGCUCCUCAGUGCCAACAUUUAUCAUUCCAAGAGUAACCAGAAGUGGUAAACUUGCAACGUCACCCUCCAUUCCACAUUCAAAAGUGACGAGAAUAUCUCUAGCAGCAACAAAACCUUCAGAUGUGACAGAACGCCACCUUACAGCAACCUCCCCUUCGAAAGUAACAUACGGUUCAUUGCCGACACGAAUAUCUUUAAAUGAAACAGAGAUUUUACUUCCGGCAGCAUCCUCUACGAAAGGAAAAGUAAGUUUUAUACUGGCAGAACCAAGUUCAAGAAAAUCGGAAAGCUCCUUACCAGGAGGGGUAACUUCAAAUAUGACAGUAGCUAGUUUACCUGGGACAUUACGUUCAGAAGUGACGGAAAAUUUACUCUCUACGGCACCAGCAUCCUCCAAACCAGUAGCAUCUCCUUUAAAAGUGCUGACAAGCUAUUUAAUAACAACACGAACCUCAGAGUUGGCAGCGAGUGCUCCAACAUUAGUUCCUUCUUCAAAGGUGAUUGUUACCUCUCUACAAACGGCAUCAGCCGCUAAAGAAAUUACAAUACUAGAAACAUCUCUAGCAAAGGAAAAGACGAUUCCUUUAAAGGCCACGCAACUCUUAAGAAGUUCCCCUCUAGAAACUCCACCUCAAAAAUCUUCAAAGGUAAUAGAAAGCUCCCCACGAGCGGUGCCACCUUCAAAAGCGACCAAAAGUUCUCUACCAGCGACAUCAACUACAAAAGGGACAGAAGGUUUCCUAACAUCAGUACCAUCUGCAAAAGGGGCCAUAACCUUCCUAUCGGCAGCGCUGACUACAAAUGUAAGAGCACACCCCCAACUAGUGGCAUCACCUUCGGAGGUGAGGUUAAGUUCCUCAUCAGCAAUGUCACCCACUGACGAGACAACAUUGACCCUAACAGCAACACAACCUUCAAAAGAGACAGUGAUACUCCCAUCAGAAGCACAAACAAAGGUAACAGAUACCGCUUCCUCACUAGGACAAAGUUCAGUAGUGACAGCCAGCUCUCUACCAGAGGCAUUAUUUACAAAGGUGACCGAGAGUUCCCUAAAGCUGGUACCAUUUACAAAAGUGGCAAUAAGUUCCCGAAAAAUAGCGAUAGUUAGGAUAGAAACAAGUUCGGCACAAGAGGCAUUACCAGAAAUGUUAGCAAGUGCCUCGCAAAAAUCAGCCGGCAUUAAGGUGGCAGCAAGCUCUCCACCUGCAGCCUUAUCAUCUCUCGUAAAAACAAAUUCCCUGCCAUUAUCAGUACCUGUAGAGAUGACAGCAAGUCUCCCAACGCCAGUGCGGCCAACAAAUAUGACAAUUAGUUCCGUACCACCAAUGCCAAAACAAACUGCAUCUUCCCUUACCACAGUGAUAGCCUCAACAGUGCAGUCAACAAUUUCACUGAAAGCGUCAUCAAAAACACUAGAAACUCCAUUAUUAGCAUCAUUAGCAUCACCAGCAUCAACAGCAUCGCCAGCAUCAACAGCAUCAACAGUAACAACAGCAUUACCAGCAUCAACAGCAUCAUCAGUAUCACCAGUAAAAACAUCAUCAACAGCAUCACCAGCAUCACCUGCAUCACCAGCAUCACCAGCAUCAACAAUAUCACCUGCAUCAUCAGCAUCAACAACAUCAACAGUAACAACAGCAUCAACUGCAUCACCUGCAUCACCUGCAUCAUCAGCAUCACUAGCAUCAACAGUAACAACAGUAUCACCUGCAUUCCCAGCAUCACCAGUAACGACAGCAUCAACAGCAUCACCAGUAUCAACAGCAUCACCAGCAUCAACAGCAUCACCAGCAUCAACAGCAUCAACAGCAUCACCAGCAUCAACAGCAUCACCAGCAUCAAAGGAAACAUUAGAAACUCCAUUAUUAGCAUCAUUAGCAUCACCAUCAUCAACAGCAUCGCCAGCAUCAACAGCGUCAACAGCAUCAACAGUAACAACAGCAUCAUCAGUAUCACCAGUAAAAACAUCAUCAACAGCAUCACCAGCAUCACCUGCAUCACCAGCAUCAACAAUAUCACCUGCAUCAUCAGCAUCAACAGCAUCAACAGUAACAACAGCAUCACCUGCAUCCCCAGCAUCACCAGUAACGACAGCAUCAACAGCAUCACCAGUAUCAACAGCAUCACCAGCAUCAACAGCAUCACCAGCAUCAACAGCAUCACCAGCAUCAACAGCAUCACCAGCAUCAACAGCAUCACCAGCAUCAAAGGAAACAUUAGAAACUCCAUUAUUAGCAUCAUUAGCAUCACCAUCAUCAACAGCAUCGCCAGCAUCAACAGCGUCACCUGCAUUCCCAGCAUCAUCAGUAACAACAGCAUCAAAAACAUCACCAGCAUCAAUGGCAUCAACAGCAUCACCAGCAUCAACAGCAUCACCAGCAACAACAGCAUCACCAGUAUCACCUGCAUCACCAGCAUCACCUGCAUCACCUGCUAUACCAGCAUCAACAGCAUCACCUGCAUCAUCAGCAUCAACAACAUCAACAGUAACAACAGCAUCAACAUCAUCACCUGCAUCACCUACAUCACCUGCAUCACCUGUAUCACCUGCAUCACCAGCAUCACUAGCAUCAACAGUAACAACAGCGUCACCUGCAUUCCCAGCAUCACCAGUAACGACAGCAUCAACAACAUCACCAGCAUCAAUGGCAUCAACAGCAUCACCAGCAUCAACAGCAUCACCAGCAACAACAGCAUCACCUGCAUCACCUGCAUCACUAGCAUCACUAGCAUCACCAGCAUCACUAGCAUCACCAGCAUCAACAAUAACAACAGCAUCGCCUGCAUCACCAGCAUUAACAGCAUCACCAGUAACGACAGCAUCAACAGUAUCACCAGUAACGACAGCAUUAGCAGCAUCACCAGCAUCACCAGCAUUACCAGUAACGACAGCAUCAACAGCUUCACCAGCAUCAACAAUAUCACAAGCAUCUACAGCAUUAAGGGCAUCACCAGCAUCAACUAUUACAACAAAACUAUUAAUUUCAACAAACAUCAAGCCACAAAAUACAAGUAUUGUUACAAUUACUCCUUUGCAAUGCCCUCGCAACAUGGUGUACACUCCUUGUAAAUCAAUCUGUGAUGAGUCCUGUCAGUACAUGAACAACACGUGCAGAAAGACACUUGCAAUACCUUGUGUACCCGGAUGCAAGUGCCCCGGUGAAACAGUGUUUAAUGGCACAAAUUGUGUUAAACCAGCAGAUUGCAUUUGCUUCCAUAAAGGAAAGUACUAUGAUCCAGGCGCCACAUGGAAUGAUACUUGUGAUGAGUGCCAGUGUUGGAAUAAUAGUGUCAUCUGCCGACCUGUUCGUUGUCCUCCCCAGCUCGUUCCUUGUCCUAACAAUUCCGUGGCUUUGAUAUCUCCUGGACAAUGCUGUCAAUCUUGUGUAGUACCUGAAAAUGAAACAAAAUGUAUUCCACCCGAGUACAAAUGCAGAGAUCAUAGCAAAUGCAUUACCAAACACUGGGUUUGUGACGGACAAAAUGAUUGUAAAGACGGCGAAGACGAGGGAAAUUGCACCACCAGUAUAUCACCGUGUUUUGCAUCCUUAGGUAAGCUUAUUUGAUAAUCUUUCGUUUAAAGUAUACGGGUAAAUGCCACUGCAAUUUUUUAGCCAAGCGAAAGUGUUUAUCAGCUAGCAACGUAAUCAGAGGUUUUAAAUUAAUUUCCUUUCUUUACUGGAUAAUUUUUGAUUCUGCAUUGCUAGGAUUGUCAGAUCGAGCGCCAGAUCAUUCCUUCGCAGCCUCGUCUUCUGUCAGUGUAUAUUACCGACCGAGUGAGGGACGACUUAAUAAUACUCAUGUUAAAGGAAAGGGAAACGGUUCCUGGUGCCCCAAACCUGACGAUACAGAACCAUAUCUGCAGGUCCAGCUGGACUCCUUACGGAAGGUGACCGCGGUAGCAACCCAAGGACAUCCAUUUCUUCACAAAUGGGUGACAUUGUUUCGAAUGUCAUAUAGUCGGAAUGGAGUUACCUGGACCAAAAUACAAAAGGUGCCGUUAACUGUAUCAUUUUCCUUCUGAUUGUGCAAUGUGAGAUAGAAUAGGCGUGUCGGUGCUCACUCCUACGCAGUCAUUUACAUUAACGAAUUUCAGUCACGGAAGUAACCCUAUUUAUUCAGGCGAAAUCGCCUCUCCCGGUAAUCCACCGAGUAUUUCCGUAAACCCUCCGCCUAUGUUCUCCAUUUUCCUUUUACUCUUCCCCUUAACAAAAACAUUUGAAUCAUAUUUUUCAUUUUAAUCAUUAACAAAAUUUUUUAUCCUACAAUCGGAAAUCUCGAAACACGGUUGUGUUUACUUGGACCUUUGUUGUCCUUAUUACUUAGUCUGAUCGCUGCGUGCAGUACAAAUGCCGACAUAAGAAGCGCCGAAGCGUCUUGUUGUUUAACGAAAUUGGAAUGCUAAGUUAGCCGAGCACUAUAUUUAUAUGGUACAAUUUUUCCGGCAGGCAUUCCACGCGAACAGGGACCAAACUUCCGUUGUUACAAACAAGUUUCCACAGCCAGUUAAGGCUCUUUACCUGCGAGUGUACCCAAUCCAGUCACACACCGAUCCAUGUCUGCGGCUGGAGUUCUACGGCUGCAACAUUAAGGUCAACGUUCCACCUAUUUGUCCUGAAGUUAGGUUAGUGACUUCAUUGUUACCGCCUGCCGUUUUCCUUCUCUUGGCUCGAUAAAAAGUAAAACCUUCCUCACCCGCUGGCAGCCGACAAAGUUAAUAAUAACGAAUGGAUCCGGUCCUUCAUAUGUUUGACGACUUCAAACUGAUAGUUUUAUAGAACCUUUCUGUCUGCUUGGGUUAUCAGUAAUAUGUUUUCCACAAUGCAGAUUGGACAAUUACUGAAUAAGAGAAAAACUAACAGAGCUAUCGGAGCCUAUCUCACUUUCUGUGAAGUAAAGGCUUAUGGGGUAUUUAAUUCCUUUUAAAGGGAAUGGCUCUUUCUUCGCGGGUAGCUCUCCCUUGAAUUCUGUAAGGCUUAAUCAAACAGUCCUCCAGUAGCCCUACUCCUCAGUCCGCCAGUAGCCAUACUCCUCAGUCCGUCAGUAACCAUACUCCUCAGUCCGCCAGUAGCCAUACUCAUCAGUCCGUCAGUAGCUAUACUCCUCAGUCUGCCAGUAGCUAUAUUCCUCAGUCCGUCAGUAGCUAUACUCUUCAGUCAGCCAGUAGCUAUACUCCUCAGUCUGCCGGUAGCUAUAUUCCUCAGUCCGUCAGUAGCUAUACUCCUCAGUCUGCCGGUAGCUAUACUCCUCGGUCCGUCGAUAGCUGUGCUCCUAAGUCCGCCAUUAGCUAUACUCCUCAGUCUGCCGGUAGCUAUAUUCCUCAGUCCGUCGGUAGCUGUGCUCCUAAGUCCGCCAUUAGCUAUACUCCCCAGUCUGCCGGUAGCUAUAUUCCUCAGUCCGUCGGUAGCUGUGCUCCUAAGUCCGCCAUUAGCUAUACUCCUCAGUCUGUCGGUAGCUAUACUCUUCAGUCCGCCAGUAGCUAUAUUCCUCAGUCCGUCAGUAGCUAUACUCUUCAGUCAGCCAGUAGCUACACGCCUGGGUGGGGAAAAGGAAUGGUGAUCGUAAAGUGUCUAGCACAAUGCAAAACCCUGGUCAGUGUUCUAGACCGGAUCUUUUAGCUCCAAGUCCAGCGAACGGACAAGUGUUUUUGUCUCUCAUAAGGACUAUUAUCAUGUCCUUUAAGUGUUUUACGCUCACAAUUGGUAUAUCAACGUAUCUUAUCAGCCGGGUUAAUGGUUCGUGUUGCCCUUACGAUGCAGAUGUAACAACAGUAAGUGUAUUAAUCACGAGAACGUUUGUGACGGACGAGAUGAUUGCGGUGAUGGCUCAGACGAGAUGACAUGCAACCCUUCUACACCAUGUGCAGAAUUUCACUGUGAUAACAACACCAAGUGCAUUUCCUUCAAGUAAGUUUUCAGUCCACACACUUGAUCGAACCUGGGGCCAUUCGUAUGUCUACAAAUUUGCGAUUGCAGUGAACUCUUUUUAUUUUAUCGCAAACUCACUGAGGAUCUCAAACCUGAACAGCGGUUACGGGAGUUGACACGUCAUAUUACGACCUUCUAACCCAUCCUUUGUGGCUCCUCAGAUCAGUAAAACUCUCAUUUUGGGGACACAAAUAUUGCUCCUUCCUGAAAACUGCUCUUGUAGCUCAUUAUCUGUUAACUUUAAUGUUCUUAUACCGUUCGUUUCCCACAUGGAUAACGUGAACCCUAGAUUACUCAGACCAGGAGGUGGGAGAUAAUUGAUUCUAUGAUAUUUUGAUAUUUACUUUUCAUGGCAGUUGAAUUUGGACCUAUUUCAAGGUGUCUUUUCAAUGAUGGAGGCAAACAUUAUGCCAAUGAAAGCAUUUUCUUAAUCGGCUGCUAUGGUUUGUGUCCUUUGCCCGAGUCGAAGGUGUUCCGAGAGAGAGGUUCCCCUGUUUUAAAACCUGUAGACCCUAUCAAUCACGGAUUGUUCUUGUCUGCUUUCAUCAAGCAAAUAGACCAGGAUGGAAGGGGCUGUAUUCCUGUCAACCUCUGCCAGAACACAUUUAGACAUUCGUGCGAAGCUUACAGAAUAAAAUGUAAAUUGUGAUGGCUUUUAGAUUUUAAAAGUCUUUCUGUUAAGAUUUGAAAUUUAACGUGAUUCUAAUCAAACCCAUAGAUCUCUAUGUGAUGGCCACAAGGAUUGUUCAGACGGUCAGGACGAGACUCAAUGUCCAACUCCAGCCGGUUCAGCAGGAAUCACGCGCACUCUAACACAUGCCACCCUGCGGGUAACGGCAAGGAUAGCAACUCUCGUCUCAACCAUCAACCGAAGUUCCCCGAGCAAAACUACGACCCCUCGAUUAACAACGGAAAUGAUGUCACCCGUUUCAGAGAUGAUGUCACCCGUGUCGAAGAUGAUGUCAACCGUGUCAAAGAUGAUGUCAUCUGUGUCAAUUAGGAUGUCAUCCGUGUUGGAAAUGAUGCCACCCGUGUCGAAAAUGAUGUCACCCGUGUCGACUAGGAUGUCAUCCGUGACGGAGAUGAUAUCACCCGUGUCAAAAAUGAUGUCACCCGUGCCGCAGAUGAUGUCACCGUUGUCAGAGAUGGUGUCACCCGUAUCGCAAAUAAUGUCGCCCGUGUCGGAGACGGUGUCACCCGUGUCGCAGUUACUGUCACAUGUGUCGGAGAUUAUGUCAACCACAUCGGAGGUUAUGUCACCCUUGACGGAGAUACGAGCGCUUCCUAGUCAAGCUACAGCAAAAAUGAGUUCUAUUAGCUUACCAGAGAGCACGAAGAUGGUCAUAACACCUUCAACUUUGUCUGUUGGCACCUCAAUGGUGAGGAGAAAGGGUAAGCGUGAAGAUAGUAGGUUCUCUUUACUCUAAGUAAGGCUGCAGCACUGAUUCUACAAGGCUCUGGUAGAUUAUGGAAUGUUCCCUUAAUCACAUGAUAUAAAUGCAAAUACUUUUAAGGUUGAUGCAAGCUAGUUUAUUCAUAAAUACAUGUAAAUAUCCACGAAUACUGACAGUAACUGGCUCCUGUGAUUCUGUUCCUUGCUUACCUUCCAUGCAACGAUUUCAUUUCAGAGUGCGGAGAAGAAUGCAUCUGUAGGAUGGACUGCUAUAGCAAAAUCAAUUGUAAACGUGAUGCCAAUUGUCCAUCUUGCAUCUGUGACAAUGGUACGCUAAAGUGGCAAAAUCGAUGUGUUGUACCCAUGCCUGAGCCAUGCUUGCCUCUAUGUGACAUCAAAGGACACGAAUUUCCGGUAAAGUUAAAAUAAGCAACCAAACGAAGAGGACUACGUUUGAAUGAAUGUGAGGCUGCUGUGAUGUAUUUAAGGAAGAGAAUAUUCAUACUUACUCUUCUCCCUUUUAGUGUCUUUAAAAAUAGGAGUAACCUGUUCUAAUAAAUAGCUUUGUACCUUGGAAACCUACGUCCGCAUUGUUGAACAUGAGCCGGGGAACUGAGUCGAAUAAUCUACUAGAGCACCUUAGAUGUUAAUAAAAUUGACAUCGAUAUGUGAAAAACUUAAAAGCAAAACAACCGCGAUUGGGGAAGAACAUGUUACGUGCCGUGGGCCGAGACUCGAUUAUUCCCAAGGGCGAACCAAACUCCUAAGAGAAACCAUACGUGCCCUUAUUAUUCUUAUGGGUAUCGGGGAAGCAAAACUUAUUUUUUUCCUUGGCACCAAUCAUUAAGUACUAACACUCUUUCAUCUAACUUAGCAUCACUAAGGGACUGCUCAUUAUUUCACCCGAAGAGAGAGAGAGAGAGAGGGGGGUUGAGGAUUUUGGUUGUGUCACUUUGAAAUUUACCUGACCUGCAGUCAAUUAGGAGGCAAUUCUCUGCAAUCCCCCAAGAUCCUCCAUCCUCGGUGAUAAGUUAUGACAGGUCCAUUACUAUUAUGGAAGAGCCUUAUAAACUGGAUACUUACUUUUUCGUAGAUCAAGGAAACAAUACAUGACAGAGAGUGCCGCGUGUGUACGUGCAUGAGGAAACCCAACACCCUCAACCAAACAACAGCCGUCUGCAAAACCACAUGUACGCUGUCUUGUGCUAAGGUACGCAUACUGGUUUAUAAUCAAAGCGACAAAAAUGAUUCGAAAAAAUUUCAGUUUUGAAAACAUGAUUGCAUAAUUGCCUCUCAAUUUCUUUGUUUUGUUUUGUUUGCUCAGGGCUAUAAACUCGUUAUGCCGGAAAAUCCAGCCGACUGUUGCUGGUGUCAGUUAAUAAAUGGGACUUCAACCACAGUCAAAAUGUAUUUGGGGACUGGAAAUAGUUUAACAAUAAGCGUGGAAAAUACAACGUCCCCUUCAUUAUCCUCGGCAGGUAAGCACAUUGCCACCUCAAAAGAGUGAAAAAGUUGAAAGAUGAUGCACGCUAACAAUGUGAAAAUUCAUGAAAAUUUCCCAGCAUAAAAUAUAGCAACAUCACAUCGAAAACAUAUAUCUGGCAUACCGUACUGUAUAGAUAUACCCACAUCAUUCAUAGAUUUAAAAAGCACCCCGAACGUCUGAGAUGGCCCAGUUUGGACAUUAUCAUGUCCUCGAAGCUCACACUCUUCCUUAGGCUUCGCUCUCGGAAGACUCUUCGUUUCUUAGAAACGAAUAAUGUCCACGAACAAAUAUUCGUGCAUAUUUUCGCGCAAAAGAAAGGCUAGUGGUUAUACGUCACUCGUUAUUUUCCUUGAGGUCGGAUCUAGAAAAGAUAUCCGUGGAUAUUUUCCCGCUGAGAGAAGGCUGUUUUGGAUCCUAAUUUGCUUUUUCUUUGAAGGAAAUGAGUUUACUUGGUUAAAGAAAGCCUCAAACAAACUAUAUUGAUAAUCAGAACAUUAUUUAGUGUCUAAUUUUAACCGGAUAAUUCUCUUGACAGCGAUUGGAAUAUUGUUGCCAGGUCAGAGUGAAACGGCUCGACCAGGAAACCAGGGUCAACUAUUGAAGACACGUAUGACGAUAUCAACCCAACAAUUUCUGUUGGUGUCAAACAUAGCGAGUCUACCAACGACAAAGUCUUCGGAGAAUUCCAAAACAACGAGGGUAAGAAGCUGGAUGGUAACGAGACCUUCGGGAGGGUCAAUAACAACGAUAACAGCAACAACAACAAAAACAAGAAAAAUAAAAACGGUAGUGGUAAAUUUAUCAACAGUGGAAUCAACGGCAUACACAUCUAAAGAGCCAGAAACAACAGAGUUAUCACGUGCGACACCGGCAAUAUCCGAAAAGGAGCUAAAACAAACAAAGACAACAGAACCGACAUCGCUAAUUUCAGUAAAGGGAGGGAGUAAAGCAGUUUCAACAAGUCUUACAACUACUCUAACCUCAUCAAUGUCAUCUGUAAAAGAAUUGACAAGAACACCAACUGUGGGCAGUCUGAUAUCGACAAAACCCACUCGGGAAUCAACGUAUAAGUCAUUAAGUCCACUAGCAAACGUAUCUGCAAAGGAGUUUGUUAAAACACAGUUAUCAUCCCCAACAUGGACGGUAUCCUCAGAGAAAUCAGCAAAAACGACAAGUCCAACAACAACAACAACAAUAACCACUCAGGAUGCGACAACUGGAAAGGAAACAGGUUUGACUAAGACAGCGUUAUCUCCAACAAAAUCGAGAACAAUUUCAAAGGAGACAAGCUCGACCACAGCAAUGGCCACGGAGGAAUCAAUGAUACAGAAAGUGGGAGGGCCAAUAGGUUCGACAUUUACGUCUUUUAAACAACAACUGUCAGCAACACCAAAGGUAUCGAGCCCGAUACCGGAAAUAUCAGCCCUUGGAUCUUUCGUGAGAAAAACAACAAUAACAAGCGCCUCAAGCGCAACGUCCGCCACAAUUAUCCAAGUUCCUUCACCAGGUUAGAACUUUUUUACGAGAUCGUUUAAAAGGAUAAUUUCGUUCAUUAGUAUCUAAGGAUAGUGUCCUUAAAAAAGAUACUAGUAUAACUCCCAUAGUGAAACCAGUAAAUUUAUUUGAAAGGAUAUUAUCAUUUUUAAGUCAUGGGGAAGAUCUUCCUACAUUUAAGGGAUCACCAAUAUUAUCGUAUUAGACCUUAUAGUUUUUGGUCAGUCUCUAGUAUAGUGCAUUCUUACUAUGCAUAACUUAACCCGUUGUAAGUGCCAAUUUUUGUAAACAUUUCUUUUCGUAAAAAGCCAAGGCUGUGUAAGUGGAACUCUCCUUGUGAGUUCACUUGGAAACUUUCUGUAAAUAUUCUGGGAUUCGUUUUGGAGUUGAGUUGUCAUUAAUUCUCAGUAACUAGCUAAUGUUAGGGUUAAGGGACCGCUCCUCAUUCAUUAUCUGGGGGGGGGGGAAGGUUUCUGGUUUUGCCACGACAAUUUUUACCUGGUUUCCCCUGAGGCAUUGUAGAAUGCUAAUGAUCCCCCUCCUGGCCUCAAAUGUUCUAUGGCCCCCCUUUCAUACCCUGCCAAGAGAAUAUAAACUGUUUAUAUUCUCUUGUUUCUGUGCAACCAGCUAUUUUUGUUCUGACCACAUUUUGAUGUUUUGACGUCAGACUCACAACAACAAAGAAUCUAUUUGUUUCCUAUGAUAAAAAAGCAAAUGUUGUUAAUGACGACGUCAUCCAUACGUCAAACCUUCAAUACAUCAAUCCAAAUGCAUACGUAAUUCAGUUAAUCAUAUGACUAAAAUUAUCUUAUCAUAAUCUUAUGCUUACAGUUUUUCAGUCACUGAAACAUUAUUGCGAAGAGCGCUUUAAUAAUCAUGUCUCAAUCCGCAGUUUACAUAUCUGAGUUUCAUAUAUUCACAAUCAUUGCUUACUUCUUUUGUUUUAAUCAACAGCUGUGGUGAGCUCUUUAACAACUCAGUCAGUUCCGACAGUAUCCGCAUCGAAGGUUGUGGGGACACCUAUCACGACGACUCUCUCAAAACCAACAACAUCAACAGCUCUUCCAAAAAGCACGAGCUUUGCACAAAUUUCUUCAGAAACAGGAACUACAAAGCCGACAUCAGCUGGGGCAAUUCUAACAGUUUCUCCAUCAACGAUGGUGACACCUACUGCGGAACCAAUAACAUCAAAAGCCGUUCCGAAAAGCACGAGCUUUCCACAAACUUCUUCAAUAGCAGGGACUACAAAGCCGACAACAUCCAUUCAACCAAUAACGGAAAUUACAGAGGCUGAAGCUCCAAUAUCACGAUGCAAUAUCACUUCAGAGCCAAGAAGUAUUGUUGACAAAUCCGGCUGUUCUAACACUCAUCCAAUUCAACAGACAACUUGCAAUGGUUUUUGCAACUCAACCGCGGUCUUGAACAUAACCUCAUCUUGGGUCGACAUCGAAUGUUCUUGCUGUAAACCCAAGAAUUUUAGCAUCGCGAACGUGUCAAUGAAAUGCCCAGAUGGCAGUACUAAAGUUUUGAAGUACUUGGUUAUUACCGAAUGUGGCUGUGAAACUUGUGACAGCAAUGCCUAUAAAAGAAGGCUGCAAACUGUCCUAGGCGUUUUUCAAGGGAAUGUGACGGAAAUAACAAAUGACAAUAGAAUGAAUUAGGACGCUGCAUUGCCUUGUUAGCAUCACGGACAUUGGACAUUAGAAAAUUUAGCCUUCAAGCAGACUCUCUACGGCGGGCAGCCGCGAAUCCUGCGAGAUUCAAGCCAGCGAGCGAGAGGAGCACGCGAGAAAUCUAGGAGAGAUCUCACUCUUUAUGCCAGAACUUGCGCGAACCUCUCGUGCACUUAUAUUUCUCGCUGACUCGAAAAGCGCAGGCUUCGCGAGAGCCUGGUCGGAUAAGUUUGGUAGGUUUAAGUGAUAUUUAGAAUGUUUCAGACCAAAAGGUGUUGGAAAAAACUAAGGUAGAGUACAACAGAAUGAGGACAUGUACAUCUUGUCUCUAAGUUACAAAGACAUACUACCAAAAUAAGUGCAAAUACAUUAUACGUGUGAGCAAUGUUCGCAUGAAAAAUUGUAUUUAUAAGUUGCCGGCAGUUUUAAAAUUCCGAGCACUUUUAUUUCCCUCAUGAGCUGAGGCUGAAUUACCACGCCCGAGGCUUUCUUCGCACAGAGAAAUUUCCAAGCAUCUUCCUCCAUCAUAUG